CUCUCUCUCUCUCUCUCUCUCUCUCCCUCUGAUUUAUAGGUGUUUCAGAUUUAAACUGAAACUAAAAGUUUGAGUUCAUCUUGUGAUAAGACUCCAUUUCUGAACGCUAUAUACCAAAGCUUACAACUACGGUCUUAUAUAUCGUUUGAGAUCGAGAAACCAGGAUGUCCCACACUGUCAUUCCCGUGAACUCUUCAACACUCGUCAUCCAGUUUCAACCAGUAACACAAACAGCUUCUGGGACGACGGUCACAAAUGCUCCCGGGCCUGUUCGUGUACAACAGAUAACAGGAGCUUCACCUUUUCAUGGACUUCAGGCAUUUCUGAAAGGACAACCGAAAGCCCUUGGGAUGGUCCAGAUAAUGAUCGGUGCGAUGAAUCUACUGUUUGGCAUUGUGUCUAAAGUUUAUGCAGAACCCAUCUCUGUCUAUAUUAGUAUUCCUCACUGGGGAUCUUUCAUCUACAUUAUCUCAGGCUCACUCUGCAUUGCUGCAGAAAACAACAUUAAUUCUCCCUCCAGUUUGUGUUUGGUGAAGGCUUCACUGGGAAUGAAUAUUUUCAGUACUAUCACCGCAGGCGUUGCCAUUAUUUGUAUUUCACUGGAUUUGCUUUUUGCUCCAUACAUAUACUGCCGGAGAUAUGAAUGUGGUUAUUCAGGAAGUUAUGAGAUGAUCUAUAAGGGAAACAGAACUGUGUUGCUGUUAUUGGCCGUGCUUGAGUUUAUCAUCACCAUCUGUUUGUCAGCAUUUGCCUGUAAAGCCAAUGCCUGCUGUUCUUCUUCUCGGGUGCAGUUUCCUCAAGUUUCAGCACCACGAGCCUCUGAUUUCAGACCCAUUCGUUUCCAGGAUCUUAACAGCUCAGAGAAACCUGUGACCAACAACUCUUCCAUUCAUCACCAUUCUGCAGACGUGCCGCCAGAAUACAGUGAAUGCAAUCAAUGUGAAUAACUGGACAGUAUUCCCUUAUUAAAAACAAAAAAUAUAUGGGAAUGUUUAAAAAAAUAUAUAAUGCAAUUUAUAGUACAUUUUCAUACAGGGAAACUAUACUGCAGUAUAUUCAUGAGUCAUGUAUAGCUAAAUAUUGAGGCAUAUAAAAAUGCAUUUCAAAAGUGCACUGCAAUUUUACAUGUUAUAGCUUUAUUUUAACACUCAAUUUCUCUUUCAAGAUAGCCGAACACAUUCAUAAACUUUUCUAUCACUUUGUUUGCUUUGUUACACAUUUCACGUGAAAAUAUUUUUGAUGUAUGAAAAAAAACUACUGAAAAAAAAUAAAGUUUUCUAUUUGGAGUA